AUGGAAGCUGCCCGAACUGAGGAACUGAGCUGCACCUGCCCUCCUGGUUUCAGGUUCACGGGGACGCCAUUCUUCCACUCCAUGAUCGCAAGAGCGCAAGCCGCCGACGACUCCGACGUCUGCGUCCUCGUCGACGCCGAAGUCGUUCUGCUCCCCGAAGCCGUCACAUUACUGGCAGAUCUCAGCAAAAUUGACCGUGAGUGGCUCCUCGUUUCAGCGUCACGCAACGUUUCCAGCUUCUCCUACAAUCUCGCCCACAGUGCGAUGCUAGAGGAGAUUCAAGCUGAGGAAUGGGCAGCAGAUGGCAGCGACAGGGGGCUCGUUUUCGCGUGGAACAAUCCGGGCCGUCCAUUGCUUGCAGGAGUCGUGCCUUCUUUUCUGUAUGGAAGAGGGGCGCACAGCAGGUGGCUGAUCCAUGAAGUUCUGUCAUCUGAAACGAGGCUCGUCUUCGAUGCAAGCAGUCUAGUUCUUGGGCUAUACCCCGAAGAUUCCACGGCAAAGCGCGGCGCUGGUUCGAGUAGCAGCGGCAGAUUACCUGGUGGAUCAUGGGAGCACGGUGUCAACCGGCAUCUCGCUUCGGUUUACGGGUCGUAUUGCCGUCGUCCGCCAGGAGGACAUCAUCAUUCUUUCUCCAUGCUGUAUGAAGUGGUAAAGCAUUCUGAAGAUUACAUGUUGAGCAAAGUUGAAGAGCCUACAUUCUCAAGAUUUGUCACAGGUAAAGAACAGGAUGCCCAUGAAGAGGUUGGUGGUAACCCAUGGAACAAAGAGAACAAUUGCUUGCCUGAUCAUCUGCCAAGCUAUUCUUCAGAAGCCUCUGACGUUCCAUAUUCAUUAGAAAUGCUCCUUCGGUUCGUAGCCGACGAUAAUAAGUCUGUUGUUCUUGGUGUGGCUGGGGCAAGUUACAGGGACAUGCUUAUGAGCUGGGUGUGCCGCUUGCGCCGUCUCAGAGUCGCCAAUUUUGUAGUCUGUGCUCUAGAUCAAGAGACAUACGAAUUCUCCGUCUUGCAGGGUUUGCCAGUUUUCAGAGAUCCAACGUCGCCAAACAACGUCAGUUUUGAUGACUGCCACUUUGGAACCCAGUGUUUUAAGCGAGUGACCAAGGUUAAAUCGCGCAUUGUUCUGGAGAUUAUAAGGAUGGGGUACAACGUGCUGCUGAGUGAUGUUGAUGUCUACUGGUUUCACAAUCCAGUGCAGUUCCUGCACUCUCUUGGACCUGCUACAUUCGCAGCCCAAUCAGAUGAAUACAAUGAGACAGGGCCAAUAAACCUGCCACGCCGGCUAAAUUCGGGUUUCUACUACGCCCGAUCAGACAGCGCCACCAUCACCGCGAUGGAGAUGGUAGUGAAGCACGCGGCCAAAUCAAACUCAUCUGAGCAGCCAAGCUUCUAUGACGUCCUGUGUGGGAAGGAAGGUGUGAACCGACUCGGCAACGACAGAUGCCUAGAGCCUAGCACAAACCUCACCGUCGUGUUUCUGGACCGGGAUUUGUUCCCCAACGGAGCUUACAAGGGGCUCUGGGGAAGGCAUGACAUGCGCUCAGCUUGCAAGAAGCUCGGGUGCUUCAUCAUCCACAAUAACUGGGUAAACGGGAGGAAGAAGAAACUCUGGCGACAGAUGGAAUCCGGGCUGUGGGACUAUGAUCCUGGCUUCAGGAUGUGCUUGCAGAGCUGGGGUGAAGCAAGUAGUAGCUUCACAGUGGCCGAGCAGUUUCACGCGUCUGACGACAUGGAAAGUUAG